GCCCCCCUUGUCCCACCCAAUCCCCGAACCCACCACCAUGGCCGACGACCCUGCCUCCGCCGCCGCCUCCCGCUCCCGCUCCCGCUCCUGCUCCUCCGACGAAGACGAGGAGGACACCGACAGCGACGCCUCAAAUAACUCCAACCCAGCCGCCGCCCAGGACCCGCCACCACUCGUCCCCGACAGCUCCGCCCCUCCUCCAGUCCCCGCCGCCGCCCCCGAACCAGCCGGCCCAAUUACGCCGCCGCCUUCUCAGGCGCAGGAGGAGAGUGCGGCGGCGGAGGACUCGAGGCGGCUGUUCCAGCGGCUGUGGACCGACGAGGAGGAGCUGCUCAUCCUGCGCGGCUUCCUGGAGUUCACGUCCCGCCGGGGCACCGCCUUUGCGUCGCACCAGUACGACACGGGGCCCUUCUACGAGGAGGUCCGCCGGGAGCUCUCCUUCGACUUCUCCAAGAACCAGCUCAUCGAGAAGCUGCGCCGCCUCAAGAAGAAGUACCGCGUCUGCGCCAAACGCAUGCUCGCCCAGGGCGGCACCUUCGCAUUCAGGAGCGCGCACGAGGGAGCCAUCUACGACGUCGCGCGCCACAUCUGGCGCCCGGCCUUCAAGCCCGACGGCUCCGACGACGACGACAUCAAUCCCGCAGAAGCCGACGAAGGUGGUGGUGGAAACACGCCUGCGCACGCCCCGAGGGGCAGGGGCUCGCGGCGUGGAAGGAGGAGGACGGCGCAAGAGAUGGAGACACCCUCAAUGCCUGCAACUCCUGCUGCUCCCAUUUUAGUAACCGAUAGUAUUGCUCAAGAACAGGCUGUUGUUGCUUUGGAGAACUCGGUGCCGCCGAUCGCACCGCCACCUCCAGUGACAGCCAAUGGUCCAACCGAAGAUGAUUUCCGGAGUAUCCUGUCACCGCUACUCAAGGAACUCAUCAGCUCCGUCACUGUCGCUGGGCAGACCGAGCUGGGAUCCGGAUUGGGUAUGGGCUUUGGGCGUGUCAGCGGAACCGACAUUCUUGGCCUUCGUUUUGGUGUGGCCGGACUGAACCCCGUGGCGCCCAGUGGCGACAAGUGGAAGCAGCAGCAGAUCCUGGAGCUGGAGGUCUAUCUCAAGAGGAUUGAGCUUGUCCGGGAGCAGGUCACCACGGUGCUACAAGAGCUCAGGUCGUCAGAAGGUUGAUUCCUGUGCUGUAAUCUCCGAUUCUGAGGUUACCUUCUCUCGUUGUGAAGUUAUACGGAGUUGAUUUCUAAUUGUAGAUUUGGUCAUGUUGGUCUAGCUUAGUUGCCUGUAGUUGUCAUAAGGUUACACAUGAACUUUGAUCUGUAGAUGCAAUGAUGAUCAAAGUUUGUCAUUGUUUGUAGGCUUGUAGUUCACUUUUUUUUAUCAGAUGUAAUCAAUAUUAAGUUCAUAAUAAAUGCAGUGAAGAGUUUUGAGCCUA